GCUGGCUGGUCCGCGAAUGUAUGUCGAAUAUCCAACCUAAACUAUCUUCACCGCGGUCAACCUCUCCCCUCUGGCAUGGUUACUGAAAAUAGUAACUAAGUACUGAUACUCAAGUUCUGUACUUUAGUACGAAUUCAAGUUAUCAGCUGUACACUUCUUCACUACAUCUCAGAGGCUGGUUAUGAAACAGAGGGAGGAGCUGCAGACAGGAAGGAUGUUGAAAGUUGAAGUAUGAAGUCAGACUGCCAGACUCCAUUUCACACUUCGACAGAGCAGCAGGAGAACAACAGGACUGGAGAAGAUGAGUGAUUUAAAAGAAGACGAAGAGGCCAAACCUCCAGUCCCCAGCUGUCUGUCUCUGAAGAGUGACCGGUCCAAAGAGGAACCUCCAGACUUCAGAGAUGAACCCGGACCCUCAGACAGGAAACUGAGAGCAGCUUCUCCUGAUUCUGGCACAUCAAUUAAGAGUGACCGGUCUAAAGACUUCAGUAAUGAACCUGGACCCUCAGACACAAAAAGGAGAGCAGAGUCUCCAGUCCCCAGCUGUCUGUCUAUGAAGAGUGACCGGUCUGAAGAGGAACCUCCAGACUUCAGAGAUGAACCCGGACCCUCAGACACAAAAGGGAAGAGGAAGAGUGGUGUUCCUGUGGAGCAGCAGCUGUCCAGCUGUGCUCUGUGUCAGGACGUCCUGAAGGAUCCAGUCUCUACCAGCUGUGGACACUGGUUCUGCAGAGAGUGCAUCGCCUCAUACUGGGAGCAGCUUCCUCCAUCAGGAGACUCCUGCUGUCCUCAGUGUGGAGAAAGAUGGAGCAUUUUACAAAAUAGUGGUCUGCAGGAGGUUUUAGAGAAACAUAGGCUCAGUCUGAGGAGGAGAUGUGAACGUGUGACUGAAGGAACUGAUCAAAGUGAAACCCUCCUCAACAGCAUCUUCACUGAGCUCUACAUCACACAAGGCCUGAGUGAAGAUGUUAAUACCCAACAUGAGGUGAGGCAGCUGGAGACAGCUUCCAAGAAAGAGACCCUCCAUGACACUCCAAUCAAGUGCCAGGACAUCUUUAAAGCCUUACCUGACCAACAGACUCUCAUCAGAGUGGUCCUGACCUACGGAGUCGCUGGAGUUGGAAAAACCUUCUCAGUGCAGAAGUUCACUCUGGACUGGGCCGAGGGUUUGGAAAACCAAGAUGUCAGUCUGGUGAUCCCGCUCUCCUUCAGGGAGCUGAACCUGAUCAAAGGUGAGCAGUACAGUCUUCUCAGGCUGCUCCAUGUUUUCCAUCCAACCUUACAGAAGGUCACAGCAGAGCAGCUGGCUGUCUGCAAAGUGCUGCUCAUCUUUGACGGCCUGGAUGAAAGCAGACUUUCUCUGGACUUCAGAAACAAUGAGGUUGUGUCUGAUGUCUCACAGCAGUCCUCAGUCAACGUGCUGCUGACAAACCUCAUCAGGGGGAAGCUGCUCCCCUCGGCUCUCGUCUGGAUAACUUCCCGACCUGCAGCGGCCAAUCAGAUCCCUCCUGAGUGUGUGGACAGGGUAACAGAAGUACGAGGCUUCACUGACGCCCAGAAGGAGGAGUACUUCAGGAGGAGAUCGAGUGAUGAAGACCUGUCCAGCAGAAUCAUCUCUCACAUCAAGAGCUCCAGGAGCCUCCACAUCAUGUGUCUGAUCCCAGUCUUCUGCUGGAUCACUGCUGCAGUUCUGGACCACAUGUUGACUACAGACCAGAGAGGAGAGCUGCCCAAGACCCUCACUGACAUGUACUCAAACUUCCUGCUGGUCCAGACCAAGAGGAAGAAGCAGAAGUAUGAAGCGGGACAUGAGACGAGUCCACAGCGGCUGACGAAGGCUGACAGGAAGGUUCUUCUGAAGCUGGGGAGGCUGGCGUUUGAACAUCUGGAGAAAGGAAAUAUCAUGUUCUACCAAGAAGACCUGCAGCGCUGUGGUCUUGAUGUCACCGAGGCCUUGGUGCACUCAGGAGUUUGUACAGAGAUCUUCAAAAGAGAGAGUUUGAGCUUCCAGAAAACAGUCUACUGCUUUGUUCAUCUGAGCAUUCAGGAGUUUCUGGCUGCAGUCUACUUGUUCCACUGUUACACCAGCAGAGACACAGAGGUACUGAAGGACUUCCUGAAGAGAGACGGGGACGAACACAACAGUAAAAACAGUGAUUAUGAUUACCUAUCCCUGGAUGUCUUCCUUAAGGGAGCCAUGGAGAAAUCCCUCAGAAGUGAAAAUGGCCACCUGGACCUGUUUGUCCGCUUUCUCCACGGCCUCUCUCUGGAGUCCAACCAGAGUCUGUUAGGAGGCCUGCUGGGUCGCACAGGCAACAGUCCAGAAAUCAUCCAGAGAGCCAUCAAGAACCUGAAGGAGAUGAGCAGUGAUGAAAUCUCUCCUGACAGGAUGAUCAACAUCUUCCACUGUCUGACAGAGAUGAAGGACCACUCAGUACAUCAGGAGAUCACAGAGUUCCUGAAGUCAGAGAACAGAUCAGAAAAGGAACUCUCUGAGAUCCACUGCUCUGCUCUGGCCUACAUGCUGCAGAUGUCAGAGGAGGUUCUGGAUGAGUUGGACCUGGAUCAGUACAACACAGCAGAGGAGGGACGACGGAGACUGAUUCCAGCUGUGAGGAACUGCAGGAAGGCCAAACUUCUUGCCUGUGAACUCUCAGAGACUGAAUGGGAAGUCGUGGCCUCAGCUCUGAAGUCUGACCCCUCUCACCUGAGAGAUCUGGAACUGUGUUUCACCGAGCUGCAGGAUUCAGGAGUGGAGCUGCUGAGUUCUGGACUAAAGAGUCCAAACUGCAGACUGGAGUGUCUCGGACUGGAGGGCUGCAGUUUGUCAGAGAUCAGCUGUUCUGCUCUGAUCUCAGCUCUGAAGUCAAACAUCCAUCUGAGAGAGCUGGACCUGAGUGACAACGCUCUGCAGGAUUCAGGAGUGGAGCUGCUGAGAGAUCUGGAGAGUCCAGACUGCAGACUGGAGGCUCUCAGUCUGAGGAACUGCAGUUUGUCAGAGAUCAGCUGUUCUGCUCUGGCCUCAGCUCUGAAGUCCAACAUCCAUCUGAGACAUCUGGACCUGAGUGAGAACGCUCUGCAGGAUUCAGGAGUGGAGCUGCUGAGAGAUCUUCUGGAGAGUUCAAACUGCAGACUGGAGACUCUCAGACUGAGGAGCUGCAGUUUGUCAGAGAUCAGCUGUUCUGCUCUGAUCUCAGCUCUGAAGUCCAACAUCCAUCUGAGAGAUCUGGACCUGAGUGAGAACUAUCUGCUGGAUUCAGGAGUGGAGCUGCUGAGAGAUCUUCUGGAGAGACCAGACUGCAGACUGGAGCAUCAGAUGUUUUAUUUCUCCUACUUCCGCCAUUGUGUGGACAGAACAAACACUUAUUUUAAACUUUAUCCAAAAUUGUUGGAUUGUGUUCAUCCCUGCAGGAUCGGAUAUGAUGAGACGUUCACAGCCAAGAUCCAGAAGACCUGUGACUCCGAUGUGGAACAGGAAGUGAAGACAGACAGAAAGGCUCCUGAAUCCUUCUCACCUGAACACACAACUGAGUCUUCAUACAGGUUCAGGUGUCCUGGUCCAGGUGAAUUCCAGUGUGAUUCGACUGACCUGGUGUUCGUCAUGGCUCAGGAGGCGGAGCUUCUGUACAGGACGGUCCCUUGGGAGGAGAGCCUCCUCCAAUCACAUGGCAAGAAGCCAGCAGGGCCGCUGUUCAACGUGAAGAGUUCUGAUGAAGCUGCCGUCUGCCAGCUCCACCUGCCACACAGUGAGACAGAGGAAGCGCUGCUCCUGGACGGCCUGUUGUCUGUCGUCCACGUCACUGAUGAAGGCCUGAGCAUCUUGGAGCCGCUGGAGGUCACACGCACUCACGUGGUGGUGAAGGUGCCUCACCUCUCUUACUUUGGCCUGGUCUGGAAUAUCAUUAAAAGGUAUCUGCUUCUGCGGGUAAAGGGCAAAAUUCUGGUGUUCCUUCAACCCCCGGUCAGAGAGGAGCAAACACUGGAUGUACAUCUGCUGCAGAAAAACGUCCCUAAGAAGGAGGUUGCUGAUCAACACAAACGUGCUGAGAACAUCACAAUCUCCACCAGCUGUGAGCUGGAACUGUUCAAAGGUUACAGUGUGCACUGUGAACCUGAGGGCUUCUUCAUUCAGCCUGAGAGUAAAACAUUUGAAUCAAAUUUUGGACCAGAUUACGAUCCGACAUUUCAAGUUUCCCUGAAGACGAGCACAAAGACAGUGGAUUUGAGGGUCAAGGACCAAGGUGGAAACGUAGUCUGGAGUUAUCUCGUGUCACUGGAAGGUCCAAGACAUGCAUUGUACCAGAAAAAUGUCCCAGCAGAGAGCAGAGUCUCAGCAGAGAGCAGAGUCCCAGCAGAGAGCAGAGUCCCAGCAGAGAGCAGAGUCCCAGCAGAGAGCAGAGUCCCAGCAGAGAGCAGAGUCCCAGCAGAGAGCAGAGUCCCAGCAGAGAGCAGAGUCCCAGCAGACCAGAGGCUGCUCUUAGUUCGGACAGAGUUCAUUCAAAGAGUGUCUCCAACUCUCCUGAACGACCUUCUGGAUAAACUCUUUGAGUCUGAAGUGAUCAGUGAUUCUGAAAUGACGUCAGCCAGAACCAAACCCCAAAAUGACGGAGCACGAGAGGUGGUGGACGCGGUGCGAAAAAAAGGAGCUGCAGCCAGCAGGGUUCUGAUCAAUGCUCUCCGUGAUCUGGACCCGUAUCUUUACAGAGAGCUCAACUUGAGCUGAGGCAAAACCUUGUGGAGUGUGUGUGACAGUUGAAGUCUAGUCCUCUGUUUUGUUACCUGUACAUUUUUCCCCUUGUCCUUGAAGCUAACACAGAUUCUGAGCGAAGGCCACUUUCCUUCUCUCUUUUCUCCUGGACUCCCUCCUGAGAGCAGCUACCCGUAUUGGCCUAUCCUGUCUCCCACCACCUCCACAGUGAGGACUCCUGUCUCCCACCUCCUCCACAGUGUCCAGAGGACUCCCCAGGACAGAGCUUCCUUACCAGUCUGUUCAGUCUCUUCCUGUCUUCCUGUCAGCAGCCGAGAUGCUGCCGCCCCAGCAGGCCACACCAUAGAAAAUGGCUGAUGCCAAAACAGUCAUAAAAUGUGUGAAGGAGUGCACCCCUUUCGGGGUGAAAGACCUCAGUCUCCUCAGCAGAAAGAGUCUGCUAUGUCCCUUCUUGUACAGAGCAGCAGAAUUAUCAGUCCAGUCCAGUGUAUUGUUCAGAUGAACACCCAGGUAUUUGUAAGAUUUCAGAAUCUCAAUGUCCGCUCCCUGGAUGUUCACUGGUGUCGGGGGGGGAGUGUUGGCGCCGUCUGAAAUCCACCACCAGCUCCUUGGUCUUCCCUGCGUUGAGCUGGAGGUGGUUCCUCUGGCACCAGAGGGUGAAGUCCUGCGUCAGCUCUCUGUACUCCCUGUCGUCCUCGUUGAAGAUGAGGCCAACGAUGGCGGAGUCGUCAGAGAACUUCUGCAGGUGACAGGUUGCAGUGUUGUAGGUGAAGUCUGCAGUGUAGAGGGUGAAGAGAAACGGUCCAACACCGUCCCCUGGGGGGCCCCCGUACUGCUUACAAUGAAAAUAAAAAAAGACAACUUGAUAAAUUAUAUAUUUUUUUCACACAUUAUAGUUCCAUUCAAGAUUUUAAGUUUUUUUUGUCGUCAUAUUUGUGUGUCAUGUUAUUAAUACAGUAUGAACAGAUUAGUAACAAACCACACAAAGAAUGAAGUUAAAGACUUAUUUAAUGUGCAUCUGGAAAGCUUUGCUAUUCUCUUACAGUACUUUACAAUAUUUCAAAAGGUCACGUUUUAAUACAAAGUCAAACAAAAACAAUAAUAUAAACUGGCUAAUAUUUCUGAUUCCAGCUAAUCAAUAACAAUUAGAUUCAAGAGAGGAUUUCUGUGUGAGGGUGAAGGUUUAGAAACUUAUCAUCUAAGAAUAGGAGGCCUUGUUCUGAUAAAUAACGUGAGGAAUAUUAACGAUAAAUACAGGCACUUGCUGAAUCCAUCGUUUUCUGACACACAUUUCUCCGUACACACUUAUAAUAACAAGCUAUAAAUAAUCAUAAACAAUAAACAGUGCAACAAUUCUCUAUGUGUUAAAAAAAGGAAUGGAAAUAUAGUAUGAAUACUGUGGCGCUGAUCGUGUUUAUAAAAUAUAUGAUUUCAAGACACCCGUAUACAAGAUGGCGCUGUGACUUCCCGAUAUCCGCCAUUUUGGAGAGCUAUGUACGGCAACCCAAGUAGGACAUUUGACACAGAAGCGUUUCGCAAAGAAGAGAAAAAAACUCAAAAAUCCCGACAACCUAAUUAUUUUUAUUGCAACGUAAUUUCCCGAUUAUUUGAGAUGAACUCCUUUUAGUGGGUUGAGUAAAUUCAAUCAUUUAUGGCAUUAAUAAUGUAUAUAUAAUUCUUAACUGUGAAUGUCUUUCAUUUUAUGUCAAAUCAGAAAUGUUUUAGUCUGGCCAAAACGUUCUCUGUUCCUGGAAAAAAGGGAAAUGACAUAAAAUAUUUUCCAUAAAAAAAGUCGAUUCAAGACAAAAACUCUGUUAUUAAAUCUGUAUUUUUCUUAUAUGACAAUUAUUACUAAAUCUGAAAGGUCUUUCCCAGCUUUGUAAUUUCUCUGUUAUCGUAUUUCUUAUCGUUUAUAAAUGUAUGGCAGACCAACACAUUCUUGCGCAGUGCAACUCAGGCAGCCGUCUGGACGUCAAAUGUCCUAUGUGGGUUGCCGUACGUAACUGUCCAAUAUGGGGGGUAUGACUACCCAAUUUUACGAAGGGCAACCCAAAUAGGACAUCAUAGAAAUUACAAAGCUAGGGAAGCUCUUUCAGAAUUAGCAAUAAUUGUCCUAUAUUUGAAAAACACAGAGAUUUGUUCUUGAAUCAACUUUUUUUUAAUGAAAUGUCCCUUUCUUCCAGGAAGCUCAACAGAGAACGUUUUGGCCGGACUAAUACAUUUCAGAUUUGACAUCAAAUGAAAGACAUUCACAGUUAAGAUAUUACUUAUUAAUACCAUAAAUGAUUGCCUACAUUUACAGUUUCUUAUUUCUGCAGUUUGGUAGCUGAAGUUAAAUCCAUUCCUCACUUAUUGUCAGAAUGUAAAUAACCCACUAAAAGGGGUUAUUCUCAAAUAAUCGGGAAAUCACGUUGUAAUAACAAUAACUCAUCUCUCUCGUUCAGAUUCAAAACAUUUAAAGUAAAUUAAAGACCUAUCUUUUUAAUUUGGCUUAUCAUUUGGGGCAACUGUAAUUUUUUAGUAGAAACACUGUUCAUGUUUUAAGAUAUAACUCUUUCUGUUUGUUUGCACCUUGUUUUUAAUUAUGUUCCUCAUUUGUUAUUGUCAUUUUCUGUAAAGCGAUUCAAGCAUGAAAGGUGCUCUAUAAAUAAAGUGUAUUAUUAUUAAUGUCGUCUGGUUUUUUGAGUGUUUUUUCUCUUCUUUGUGAAACGCCGCUGUGUCAAAUGUCCUUCUUGGGUUGCCGUACAUUGCUCUCAAAUGUGACAAUAAAAUAAAAAACUGCUAAAUAUUCUCGUAUCUUCCUACAGCAGCGUAUUACUGAAACACCUAGGAUUGUGUACAUUAAAAAAUAAUAAUGUAAAACCUUUAAAAUAAUAACUUACAGAGCACAGAUUAAAAUCAGUUAAUAAUUAUCUGAAUAUUUCUAAAUUAAGAGUGACUUUUUUUAGCCAACAUCACCUCCUCAGUUCCCCCUCUAUACAUUAAAAUGAAUACAAAUUAAGGUUUAUAUCUUCUCUCUUAGCCGUAGUGCUAAUUAUCGGACGUUUCUACAACCAAUAUAUUAAAAAUGUGACUUUAAAAUGUAUGACUGGCACUACAGGUAAGAGAAAAAAGGUGUAUUUUGAUUAUGAUUAUGAUUUUAAAGGGUUUAAUUAUAAUCUUUAUCCAAUAUUUAAUACUUCUGGAUGAAUCCAAACUACUUUUGAAAUGUGAACAGUGCAACAACGAUGUAGAAAAACUGGUAUCAUCGUUCUUUAAAAUGUAUUUUCUCCACUAUCAAUGCUAUGCUAACACGCAGUCUGCAGCGCUGGAAGUAAUAAAAGUUGUAUUUCUGCAAAAACUAAACUGAAAUAUAAAUGUUCCCACAGACUUUGAAACCUAAUGUUUAUCUUUGGUUGAAGCUUCUCCUUUUUCAAACCUUUCCUCCUAAAUGUGAGUUCAAAGCUCUGAUUAUCUCCUGAACAAAGACUAUGAACAUAUUCACCGUCAUCUGUUUAUAAGUGACUGUUAUUUUUGUAUAUAUUGACUCUUGUGCCGUUAUAUUUUCAUGUUGUAUUGAUGCCUCUUAAUGUGGGACUUUGUAUACAUGUGUAAAUGUUUGAUUAUGUAGAUAUCUUUAAAUAUUUUAACUUUUAUUCAACGGGAUUGUGAGAAACAGCAUUUCUUAGAUGUGGAAAAUACAGCUAAAUAUUUACUUUUAAUAAAGGUGUAUCCUGUGUAUGCUGUGGUAUCAUCGAAAUUAGUUGUUUAUAUUCCCAGGAAUGGCUUUGAGGAUACAAAUAAGUCAAAAAAGGACAUUUAAUCGCUGAUUUUGCUGCAAAAUGACAAUAAAAUCAACGUGUUUUAUAA